CCGGAACUUCCUCAGCCAAUCAGAGUAAAGCUGGAUUGACGCAGGCUCAGCUGUACGCGAACAGUAAUUUGGCGCUGGGAUCCUCAAGUGGACCGCUUAAAAAAGGUACAUGUAAGAGAUGGGACGACAGAAGGGCGCUAAAGGAGAAGGGAAGGCCAAGCAAAAAGCAACGAAGCAGAAAAGGCUGAGUGGUAAUGACAGCGCGGGUGCGGUGGGAGAUGAGAACAAGAACAGUGCAAAGUCAUCCAAAUCUACACAGAAUGGUGAUGAUGAAAAGUCUCCAAAGAAGGUCAAGACACCUAAGACUGAACCUCUGAAGUCGGCCAGCAGUCCCAGGGAAUCGGUGAAACAGGGGCCAGAGAAUGAUGACUUUGCUGCGAAGAAGAAAGGCUUGAAAAGAAAAAGGAUUAAGGAUGAGCCCACAGAAGGCCCUUCACACUCCACUGCUACUCCCACCUCAAAGAAGAAAAACAAGAGGAAUGGGCAGGAAGAAGAAACUGCCGGAGAACCUCAGAGAAAGAAGCCAACGAAGAGAGAAGGAAAGGUGGCAAAGAAAGAGGAAGGAGAGCACCCGGUGUCCAAAAAGCCUAAGAAGACAAAAGAAGAAAUCACGGAGGCGAGACUGCUGAAGAUCAAAUUGAAGGAAGAGGAGGAGCGGAGUCGCUGGAGAUGGUGGGAGGAGGAGAAGUACGAAGAUGGCGUGAAAUGGAAGUUCCUGGAGCACAAUGGACCCUUCUUCCCCCCCAAGUACGAGCCUCUGCCAGACAACGUUAACUUCUACUACGCUGGGAAGAAGGUGAAGCUGAGCCUGGCAGCCGAGGAGGUGGGGUUGUUUUUCGCCCAGAUGUUGGACCACGACUACACCACCAAGAAGGUGUUCCGGGAGAACUUUUUUACAGAUUGGAGGAAGGAAAUGAGCGAUGAGGAGAGGAUGCUGAUCAAAGAUCUGGACAAAUGCGACUUUAAAGAGCUCCACGCCAUGCAUACAGCCAAGGUGGAGGCCAGGAAACUCAUGACCAAAGAGGGGAAACUGGCUGUGAAAGAGGCCAACCAGAAGAUUGUUGAUGAUUUUGGCUACUGUCUGCUGGACCACCACAGAGAGCGCAUCGGCAACUUUAAGAUUGAACCACCGGGGCUGUUCCGGGGCAGAGGAGAGCACCCCAAACAGGGCAUGCUGAAGAAAAGGAUCCAACCAGAGCACGUCAUUAUCAACUGCAGCAAAGAAUCCCGUAUCCCCGUGGCGCCUGCUGGUCACCACUGGAAGAUGGUUCGUCAUGACAACACCGUGACAUGGCUGGCCAGCUGGACCGAGAACAUCCAGGGAUCCAUUAAAUACAUCAUGCUCAAUGCCAACUCAAAACUCAAGGGAGAAAAGGACUGGGAGAAAUAUGAAAUUGCCCGCAAGCUGAAGUCAUGCGUGGACAACAUCCGUUACCAGUACACCCAGGAUCUCAAAUCCAAACAGAUGAAAACCCGACAAAGAGCCGUGGCCCUCUACUUCAUAGACAAGCUGGCGCUGAGAGCUGGUAACGAGAAGGAGGAGGGAGAGUCGGCGGACACGGUCGGUUGCUGCUCCCUGCGCGUGGAGCACAUCACCCUCCACGAGAAGCUGGACGGCAACGAGUGUGUGGUGGAGUUCGACUUCCUGGGUAAAGAUUCCAUUCGCUACUACAACAAGGUGCCCGUCAUCAGCAAGGUUUUUAAGAAUCUUAGACUGUUCCUGGAAAACAAAUCACCCGGAGACGACCUCUUUGAUCGCCUCUCUACAACCUUGAUGAACAAGCAUCUGAGUUCUCUGAUGCCCGGUCUGAGUGCCAAGGUCUUCAGGACAUACAACGCUUCCAUCACCUUACAGCAGCAGCUGAAAGAGCUCACUAACAAGUCCGAUAAUAUGCCGGCCAAACUGCUCUCCUACAACAGAGCCAACAGGGCAGUUGCAAUUCUGUGUAACCACCAGCGGGCGCCACCAAAGACCUUCGAUCAGUCUAUGGCUAACCUUCAGGCCAAGAUCGAUGCCCGAAAGGAGCAGCUGUCCCUCGCAAAGACCGAGUUGAAACAGGCUAAGAAGGAGGCCAAGACAGAGGUCAAAACGGAGGCUAAGAACAAAGGCAGUCCAGAUUCCAAACUGCAGACGUCAGUGUCCCAACGACUGGUGGAGAGGAAGAAGGCGGCAGUGCAGCGCUAUGAGGAGCAGCUGCUGAAGAUGGAGGUGCAGGCGACUGACAGAGAAGAAAACAAACAGAUCGCCCUGGGCACCUCCAAGCUAAACUACCUGGACCCGCGCAUCAGCGUGGCUUGGUGUAACAACAAUGUCGUGCCAGUAGAUAAAAUCUACAAUAAGAGCCAGAGGGACAAGUUCGCCUGGGCCAUCGACAUGACGGAGGCAGACUUUGAGUUCUAACUUUAACCCCGUCUCACUAGAUGGUGGUAAAUGCAGUUAAGGAACCAAUCAUUUUGUAAUACAUACAGAUCUUUGAUUUUGCAUUCAUUUUAGAAUACUGGAGACUUCAUCUGAUACGUUUUGUUAACAGCUGUACAUUUGUAUAAUGUUUUUGGCACUUAAUUCUGUUGCUUGUUUUCUUUGUUUGCACUAACUGGAAUAAAGGUUCCUUCCAUACAUUAAA